AAAAAUUGCGGUGUCGGUGUGACGUCAACUGGACAACAAACAAUUUUGACAGCAAGAUAACCUUACUUAAUCAGAUAUACAUAACAAUUUAUAACAAUUUUCAUUAUGAUGGACUGAUAGAGUAAGCUUUUUCAUUAAAAUGGAAGAAGUUGAUGGGAUAAUAUUAGAAACUUUAAGAGCUCUCAAUUGUGAUUUUCCAGAAGAUAUUUCAAGUUUGAAACAAUUUGAUGAGGAUAUUAUUAUAUCAUGCCUCUCUUCGUGUUUAGAAUCCAUAAUACCUUCUUCAAAAUUUCCUAAAAAGUUAUCUCCAUCAAUGGCAAUUAGGUUAAAAACAGCAUCUUAUUUGGCCGAACAAAUUAAAGAAUUAGGGUAUAGAGAUGAAAUCGGCUAUCAAACAAUACUUUACUUCAAUGAGACAGAAAUAAGAAGACUUUUCAUAUUUUUGAUAGAAAAAUUACCUAAGGAAACAGGAAAUUCUACUCAAAUAGAAGAAGUUGGGUACAUACCAAAACUAUUGAUUGAUAUAAAAAAAAAAUUGAAACCUUCUUCAAUUUGGAUUCCACCUUCACUCUGCAAUAGAGGAAUCUGCUCCAAUGAAAACAGUUUAGAAAUAAGAAGUUAUGGAAACAGUUAUCCAUUAGAAAUAAAAAAAAUAACAUUGCCUUCUUCUGAACACACUUCUGAAGGUUUCAGGGAUUAUCAUGUUAAUAUAUUGCCAACAGUAACAAAACAGUGCUCAACCCAACAACUUAUACCUUCUUUACUCUUUGAAGAUUGUAUAUUUUCAAAGAGAAAUAAAGAUUUAUUAAGAUUCAUCAAAUCUAUUCCGAAUCUUGACAAUACAAAAGAAGUAAGUUCUUCAGAUGAAAAGAACAUUGACAAAGAAGUUGCACAUAAUGAGCAAAAAAUUAAAGCAGUGGACAAUAUAUCUACAAAUAAAAACAUCAUAUUGAACGAAAACGUUAUUGAAACUUUACAAAAAGACUUGGAUCUAAAAAGUAAAGAAUAUCAUGAAAUACAAGAAUCAAUAAAGAGUGAUAUGGAAGUACUAUCUAAGUUGAAUGAAGAAAGAGAAGAGGAGGAAAGAUCUUUGGAGAAACUCAAAUAUAGUUUCAAUAUAAAAAAUAAGACCAUGAAAAUAGUGAGUAGUGAAGAAAAUAUUCAAAAACUGAAAGAAGUCCUGGUUUCUAAAACAAAUAGUCGCCUGAAAACACUGAAUGAUCAAUGGAAAGAAAUUCGAAAAUCAUUGUUACAAAAACAUGAUCAUUUAAAAAGUUGUUUAUCAGAGAAAGAAAUCAAAUUACAAGAGAAAGAAGUAAGAUUGAAACAUAUAAUUACAACAUAUGAAGAAAUGCUUACCGACUUGAAAAACAAAUUGGAUUUGGAAAAAAAACUCUUGGAGAAACAUAAGAAUUCUCCCCAAAAUAUAAAUAGAUCAAUGUAUACAAACAAUAUUAUCGAGAUAAUAGGGAACAUAAAAAAACAGAAUAAUGAAAUUGAAAAAAUUCUCAAGGAUACUAAACUGGUGCAAAAAGAUAUUAAUACCUUAACUGGUCAAAUUGAUAGAUCAUUCACUAUAUCUGAUGAAAUAAUUUUUUUACAUGCUAAAGAGGAUGAAAUAUCCAAAAAAGCAUAUAAGUUAUUAGUUUCACUACAUAGUGAAUGUGGAGAAAUAGUUAAAAUUAUAUCAGAUAUUGGUUUUGUUGAGAGAGAAUGUAGAAAUCUUCAAGAACAACUCGAUAUUGAGUCUGCUAAACAAAUAUCUGUAAAAUUAAUGAGGGUUACUGAAGAUCUGGAGAAGAUAAAAGAGGAAAAUUCCAAUCUACAAAAACAAGUGCAGUGAUCUCUAGUCAUGCCAUUAUUCAGACAUUAAUUAUUUAAGAGAAAAUGUAUUCAAUUUUGUAUCAUAUAUUUUCAUUAAAAGCUUCGCUUAGA